AGGAUACUUGAUGGAAGGCUGUAUACCAGAAAUGUGAAGUUUGGCUGUGGCUGCUCACCUUUUUAUGGAGAUGCUGAUUCUGGUCCUACACUUGCUAGCUCCUGUGACAAGGAUGUCCUCCUGAAUAUCCUCAGUGUCCUCACUGACCUGCUUUCUCUGGGGACUGGACGAAGAAUUCACUAUGUGAUCAGCAAAGGGGGUAGCGAGGCACUGCUGCAGGCCCUCACCUCUGCUGCCCAGACUGAGCCACCCGACCCCAGCAUCCUCCUGCCUCUGCUUCGCCUCCUGGCCAGGGUUGGCCAACAAGAUCGGAAGUUUGGGAUUAAAGUGCAGAAAGCAGCAGCAACUGAUGUAAUCCUGAGACUGACAAGACAAAACCUGGGUCACCAUCUGAACCUCACCCACUGCCUCUGGGUCCUGCGGGUUUGUGCUUCUAAUGUUGCUGCAGGAACCACGCUUGGCAUCAAUGGAGCCAUGGAGCUGCUUUUCAAAGUCAUCACCCCCUACAGCAAGCAGAAGGUCAGGACCGUCAGGGCAGCCAUUGAGGCUCUGGCAGCUUUGCUGAAAUCAAAAUCUAACAGCCGUCGAGCAGUGAACAGAGGCUAUCUGGGUGGACUGCUGAGACUCUAUCAAGACUGGCAUCACAAUGAUGUCUCCAACAACUACAUUAAUAUUCGUAGAGGUCUCCUGCUCUGCCUAAAGCACAUCACCAACAUCCAGCUGGGCAGGGAGACUUUCCUUGGUUCUCGAGGUAUGGAGAUUCUCUUCACAAGUGUGCAGGACUGUUUAUCUUGCAAGAAUCUGGAUCCUGUUGUAACCACUGUGACUCAGAUUCUACGAAAGUGCUAUCCCAAGGAGCCUCUGCCUUUGGUGUCAGUGAGAAGCUCCUAUUCCUUCCCUCUUCCUGGGAACGUGAAGACUGAACGUCCAUGCAUGGGACCUGAAGGUGAAUUGCUGAAGGAUGAUAAUGAAAGUGAUAGUGAGGAAGACACAGAAAAAGACCUGAAUAAAGAUGAUGUGGAGAGUAAAGAGGAAGAUUAUGACUUGGAGACAGAUGUAAACAAAUUGAGGUCAAGGCCAGAGCUUGACCGGCCAGAGGAAGAGCUUAAGCAGUAUGAAGCUUUGUGUCCUGAACUUUCCCAUAAUUUUCAGGAGCUUGAUUCAGAGUCUGAAGAAGAGAAGAAGUCAGAGGACAGGACUCAGAACCUUCCCUCCACUUCACCUCAUUUCAUUCCUAGUGGUAAUUCUGUGAAAGAUCCGAACUGUAGAUGUAGAACCCAAAGUGGCACAGAGGCAGGAUCAGAUCCAGGGGAGAAGGAUUUCAAAGCUCUGCUGCAGAGUUCAACAAAGGAGGAGAAAUGCUCAAGGAGUCUGAUGGGUGAAAAGAGAGACAUUGUAGAAGCAGUCCAAAAUGCAAACUCCUAUGAAGAAGACCCAGCCAAGAAUCAUACAUUUUCUCCAUGUGCUCUCCCAAAAGAGACUGCUUGGUACAAAAGGAUGUUUAACCCUGAGUGCGAGGCUUCAAUUGAUCCUACUUCUGCAGUGAGAUUGGAGACCUCAGAAAUAAUAACAAAGCUUCUGGAGGAACACCAAGGGAAUAUCCCAUUCCACAGCCCUCACUUCUACAUAGCCAGGGCCAAACGUACCAAGUCCAUACCAGCCUACAGAGAUUUGGCAUUCCCUGAUUUCUGGGGCCACCAGCCUCCUCCUUAUGGCAAGCCCAUGUUGGAGCGGCAGUAUGGAGUUCAGAGGGACAAAGUACUGGAUGAUGUUCGUCGCUUAAUCCAACCCGGUGAUUUGAUAGGAAGAACUGUUUUUGAUUUAGAUGAGCCCAGUCACUCAAGCCCAGAUGCUCCAGACUGUCUGACGUUCUUCUCCAAGUUUGAAUCGGGUAAUCUUCGCAAAGCCAUCCAAGUGCGUGAGUUUGAGUAUGACUUAAUUAUGAAUGCAGAUGUGAACACCAACCAGCAUCACCAGUGGUUCUACUUUGAAGUCCGUGGCAUGAAAUUAGCAGUUCCCUAUCGCUUCAACAUUAUCAACUGUGAGAAGCUCAAUAGCCAGUUUAAUUAUGGCAUGCAGCUGGUUAUGUAUUCGGUAAAGGAAGCUCUCCAGGGCAGGCCUUGCUGGCUUCGAGCAGGACAUGAUAUCAGUUACUACAAAAACCACUAUCGCUUCAGUGCAGCUACAGGAGGAGGCACAAGAGGAAAAUGCUAUUACACACUCACCUUCAGCAUCAAGUUCCCCCAUGAAGAUGAUGUCUGCUACCUGGCCUACCAUUACCCCUACACCUACUCUGCAAUGAUGUCCCAUCUUGAUGUCCUGGAACAAAGUAGAAACCCCAAGAAGGUCUACUGGAGGCAGCAAGCGCUCUGCCAGACACUAGGAGGAAAUGUGUGCCCACUGCUCACAAUCACUGCUAUGCCAGAAUCUAGAAGAAGUGACGACUUGGAGCAAUUCUGGCUCUACGCCUUGAGGAUUCUACGCCCUGAGGAUUCUACGCCCUGAGGAUUCUACGCCUUGGGGAUUCUACGCCUUGGGGAUUCUACGCCUUGAGGAUUCUACGCCUUGGGGAUUCUACGCCUUUGAGGAUUCUACGCCU